AUGGCAUCCGCACUCUCUGAGCCGAUCGAGACUCGGCUGUUUAUCAACAACGAAUUCCGAGAUGCAUCUAGUAAACAAACAUUCGACGUGGUGUACCCGUAUACCAGAGAAGUCGUUGCACAAGUCCAGGAAGCCACUGUGGAGGACGUAGAUGAUGCUGUUGCCGCGGCCGGUGCAGCUUUCCCCGCUUGGCGUGACACAAGCAUCGAAGUGCGGGGUUCAUACAUGCAAACACUCUCCAAACUCAUCUUGGAGUCCAACACCGAGCUCUCCAAGCUCGAGGCAAUCUCCAUCGGCCGGCCAGUCUCGGCGUUCUUCGAUGCCGCUCUGGCUGCCGAAUACUUCAGCUACUAUGCUACCGCUGCAUGGAGCGCGCAGGGCACGGCUAGUGUCAACACACCAGACCAGCUGAACAUGACUGUUCGACAACCUUUUGGUGUGGUAGGAUUGAUUAUUCCGUGGAACUUCCCACUAGUCCUGCUUGCCGGAAAGGUCGCGCCCGCGAUCGCGGCUGGUAACACAGUUGUCUUGAAGACUAGUGAAAAGGCUCCAUUGACGUCCCUCUAUAUAGCCAAGCUUAUCAAGAAGGCCGGCUUCCCACCCGGUGUCAUCAACAUUAUCUCCGGCCACGGAGAACCAUCCGGAGCCGCUCUAGCGUCGCAUAUGAAGGUGCGCUGCAUCAGCUUCACUGGAUCAUCCCUCACAGGCCAGAAGAUCCAGGUCGCAGCCGCAAAGUCGAAUUUGAAGCAAUGCCUCAUGGAACUCGGAGGCAAGAGUCCUGCCAUCGUCUUUGAAGAUGCCGAUCUAGAAUCCGCUGCUGCCCAGACACAAUUCAGUAUCCAGUUCAACAGCGGUCAGAUCUGCACUGCCAACUCGCGGGUUUAUGUCCACGAGUCUGUAGCUGAUAAAUUUAUCGAGGCUUUCCGUGGAAAAUUCGAAGCCCAGACCAUUGGCGAUCCGUUGGACCCCACAACAUCGCACGGCCCGCAGAUUGAUGUCAAGCAGUACAACCGAAUCAAAGAGUAUCUUGCCAUCGGCGAGAAGGACGGAAAGCUCACUGCAGGUGGUGAUGCGACCAAUGGAUACUUCAUCAAGCCUACAAUUUUCGAAGACGUCCCGGCGAAAUCGCGAUUGGCGCAAGAGGAAGUAUUUGGGCCAGUCGUGGUAAUUACUCGUUUCUCAACUGAGGCAGAGGUCAUUGAGAAGGCAAAUGAUACAGAAUUCGGUCUAUAUGCCUCUGUUUUCACCAAGGAUCUCGAUCGGGCGGUCCGAUUGGCGAAGGCUCUUGAAGCGGGUACUGUUGGUGUGAACUGCACCAGUCCUACCGGUGCAAAGGAUGGCGCCUUUGGUGGUUGGAAGAUGAGUGGCACUGGCCGUGAAGGACUUUUGUACAGUUUGGACAGUUUCCUCGAGACCAAGAGCAUUGUCAUUAAGACAUCGCGGUUGUGA